GCCAUUGUGACAACUACGCUCGAUCUCUCGACUCACGAAAGCUGGCAGCAAAGAACACGUGAUCCGAAUCUCGCUCUCUUACUAGCUGCGUCACAUCCCAACAUCUCAUCGCUAAGUCAGUAAAACCAAAAGAUAUGCAAUUGACCAGCUCAAAUCCGUUUGUUCAGAUGCUCGUGGCAGCCGCAUUCAUUGCAGAUGUGGCUUUUUCUACUACCGUCACUCUCAACUUCACAUCUACAAUCUAUGCCAUCGAGUCUAACAAUUUCAUGAAAGCAAACUGCUCAAUUACCUCAAAUCCGUUAACCGCAAUCAAGGUGCGGUUUUUCCAUAAUGACACAGAAAUAGUACCCAUCCAUCCCUACAAAAUAAAAAUGUAUGGAAGAACAACUGUGGAGCUGACAAAGUUUGCAUUAUCUUCUUCCGAUACCGGCAUCUACCACUGCAAAGCAACGUUUUCUUCUGGGUUGUAUCCAAUGACACGCAGCAGCAAUUCCAAAUAUAUUUAUGUUAGACAUGAACCUAAAUCUCGACACGUUCACGUUCAUUUUCAGGAAGGUGGUAAAGGAGUACUGCAUUGUCCUGCGAAUGGAUUUCCCACCGAAUUAGUGAAGUGGAAAGACCCGAAUGGCGUCGAUCUAGACGACACCGUGAACAGCACUCAUCCGGUCUACGUCACUAGAAACGGAGCGUUACACAUCGAUGUCGUUACUACGUCUAACGAGGGCGUUUUCACCUGUAUUCAGUUCAGUUACUACUUCGGAAGACUUGAGAACACUGUCGAUGUCACAGUUUCAGAAGUCUUUCGUCCUUCUGUUUGUUCUCCAAUGCCUGCAGAGCUUACCAAGCAGCAACUCGAGAAAAACUCAAAUUUGGCAACAUGUGAAAAAAUAUUGAUUAAAUGGUCUUCCGUGGUUGUCGAUCACGCAACAGUCUACAAGCUAUCGUGUCAAGCGGUAGAUGAAUUGAUUUGGCAUAACUACACCAUCACGGACCAGCAAAGCAGUUUCACGUCGUUGCCGCCAGAGCACAACUACUCGUGCAUGGUGACGUACUCGACUAGCGGUACAGGUACUGCUUGUACUGGUCCUGCAUUGACUGUCACGUGUCACCCAAGAAAUGAAUUUACUAGAUCUACUCCAAACUUUCAAGGGACUUCGAAAACGAUUUCUUUAACGUAUGAAACAAUGAACCUUCAGAUUUGA